CGAAAUAUCAUUGGGAAAAAAAAACGAGUAAAAGAAACACCGACACAAAAAAAACGAGAGAAUAAGAUACGAAAAGGUUAGCAUGGAUCCUUUGGGUGCUAACAGUAUUGUCCAAGACAAACAGAUGGGACUUUCCUUAAUCAAGACGGGUGGUCGGUACGCAUUUGCAAAGGAAGAUCCCGAUAAAGGAAAUAAGUCAAAGACCACCCCUUUUAAAACACAACCAACUGGUUCUGAAGAUUCAAUGGAACUUGACGCAUCACAAGGACAACCUAUCAAAAAGUGUGGCGUCAACAGAGACUGCUAUGGCGAAAGAGUUCACCUUAAGGAUGGCCUUGGAACAUCCCAAGUUUACAAUGGAGAUGACAUUCAGAAACAAUCACAAGUUUGUCAAGCCUCUGGAGCUUCUGCUGAAUAUGACAUUCAAAAGCGUUCAGCAUUUUCUCAAGUAUCCGCAGGUUCCAUUGAAGGGGAUAUUCCAAAGCGGUCACAAUUUUCUGGAACAUCCCCAAUUCCAAAUAAAGAUGACAUUCAAAAGCCCUCACCUGUUCCUCAAACCUCCGGUUUUUUUUCUAAUGAAUAUGAUAUUCAAAAGGCAUCGCAAUUUUCCAAAAAAUCCACAGUCCCAAUGAAAGAUGACAUGCAAAAGCGAACAUCCUUUUCUGAUGCACCCAGUGUUUCCACAGAAGAUGACAUUCAAACGCAACCACAAGUUCGGCAAACAUCCACAGUUUCCCCUCAAGAUGACAUCGAAAACCGAUCACGAAUACAACAAACUCACAAUAGUAUUGUGGGAGUAACUACAGAACACAUAUCACAUGGAAAGAAUGUAGGUGAAAAAUUAACGCCAGGAAAAUCCGAUAAUGAUGAACUCAAAUGUGCAGCAAAAGUUCAACAUGAAAAUGCAGCCCAUCCGGAGAUAACUACAGAGACGAGUAGUACAAACUCCUUCCAAUGUUAUCCAGACAUAGAUGAACGCCCAAAAACACAACUUGAAUUUGAACUUGUCGUCUCAGAAUUAACAAACCUUGAUGAAUACAGCAAGUCAGUCCUUGAAAGGACACAAUUUCGUUUACACGACAUCGUAAGGCGCUUGCAAACCAGUGAACAGGGAAAUCAAGUAUUACUGGUGGAUGUUAACAGUGUGAGGGCAGAGGUUAACACAAGAUUGGAAGCGGUAAAAAGAUCUUUUUCACCAAAGAGUAAAGACCUAUUUUUCACGAAGAAAGAAGACAUGUCUGAACCAAAGGCUACUUUUGUCCAAACGAGAACGGUAGGUCAUUUUGUUGCAUAGAAAUAAAAAAAAAUGUAUCUUUAAUAAAUCUAACCAUGAUUUUAAUUAUCAAACUGACUUUUUAAUUAUUUAAAAACAAAUAAUCAAUCACACAUUAUGAGGAAAAACAUAUUUUGUUACACCAAUAUUAGAGUUUAUUAUUUUUUAACAUUAUUUUAAAACAACAUAUGUACAAUGUUUAUGCAAAACUUAUUAAAGAUACUUUAUUGAUAAAGUGUAAUAAUAAUUCAUAAACGUGUUAUGCAUAACUUUUAACUCAUUGUACUUUGUAAGGAAAAAAAAAACUUUAAGAAUUCUGAUUUCAUUAUAACAUGUUCGUUUCAAAGAAUCUACUAAAACUAGAUAUAUAAUUAAAAUUCAUGUUUUGUAUUUGUAUUUGUCAGGAAAUUCCAUUAAUCAAUUCAAAGGAUAUCGACCUACUUUUAAUUGGAAGUUCUGGAAAUGGCAAGAGUGCUACUGGAAACGCUAUUUUAAGAAAAACUGUCUUUCAAACUGCAGCAGGGACAACUUCGAACGCAUCGAUUUCUGCAAAGAGCAGUUCAAAAUUCAAGGACUUAACCAUUAAUGUGGUAGAUGCUUGUGGUGUUGAUACCAAUGGCAAGAGCAAGCUAGAAGUCUUGGAGUUGUCCCUCAAAUCGAUCAAAGAAGCACUAGAGCUCUGUGAAUACAGUUUUACAGCACUGCUCAUUGUCAUCAAAUUUGGUGCAAGAUUUACUCAGCACGAAAAGGAAACUAUUAAAAUGAUCCGUGGCGUCCUCGGCAAUGACGUCGUUCAGAAAUACGGUGUAUGUGUUGUUACUCAUGGUGAUAACUUCGAGUAUGAGAUGGCAGAAGAAGAAAAUGAGGGAAAUAGCAUGACAUUUGAGGAUUGGUGCCGUGCACAAGAAGGGGAAAUAGGAGACAUAUUUAAGGAAUGCAGCUUCAGGUGCGUCUUGUUUAACAACAGAACCAAAGAGGAAACCAAAAGAGAGGCUCAACUUGAGAAACUUGUUUCAGUAAUAGGACACAAUGUAAAAUACUCAAGGGAUCAGUUUCUGAAAGCUGAUGAAGGUCUGUCAAAAUUGACCCAGGAACUUUUCUUGCCAGAAGUAAUACAAAAUACUAAUAAAAUGGUCAACGAUAUGCGAUCUAAAAUGGUGACCAUGAAGUUUAGUUUUGAUUCUAACGAUUUCUUUGAAAUGGCGAAUGAAAUGCUCAGAGAACUAAAUCACUACAAGGAAUCAAUUCUUGCUGCGUGUUGGGAUGAGUCGGCAAAAUCAAAUAUACUUGGUGUUAUCGUACCAAUGGAACUAGAGUUGAACUCAAAACUGAAGCUGUGCAGCGGUAGCAAAGCUGACAAAACACACACUAAUGCUAAGGGACCAUUAUUAAGAUGUGCAUCUUUAGGUGAAUCUCAUGUCUGUUUCGAACAUGAUAUCGGAGUGAAGCCGACUAGUUAUGCAAGUCACAGGGAAAUUGUUUACUCGCAGUCUCAGAUUAUUCAACUAGAGAAGGAUAUAAAGAGGAAGUUGGAUAAUUUAAAAUGGGCCUCAAAAAAUUUAACAAAUGCCACGACCGAUGAAGAAAAUCAGUUACAGAAAAAGAUAAGGCUACUCAAAGAGGAAUACUCUGACUUUUUAAAUUCUCCUGUUGGGACUAAAAUGUUUAAAGAAAUUAUGCAAUUUCAAUUUGGAAGACAAGAACCAAGAGAACAGAAAAAUAAAAAUGAAUGGAUUACAUGGCAAAACUUUGAAAGAAUGUUAACUUCCAUAAAAAAUCUUAUUUCUUCUAGUUUUAAAAAAUCAGAUUAAAUUGUUUGUUUUUUUCUGUUAUUCUCGCUCUAGUUAAGCGAUUAUUGGAGGUGCACAUUUAAAAUACUAAAUUUCAAUAGAGAUUAAGAGCAACACACAAUUUUUCAAUUUAUUUAUAAAGCUUUCCUGUGUUAAAAAAGACCCAUGUUAACUAAC